AUGGCAUCAUUUCAGUUUUUUAGCUCGGUGCGAACGGCGCAGAAACGAUUCGUUCAACGCCAUUCACCGCAGACCAAAAGUAUACUCAAGAAAUUCUGGUUCAUAACUGAAUCUUGGAUUGCAAUGAGUGUUGGGUUUGCAGUUUUGUACGCUCUCAACUGGCUAUUGGUGACCAUCAGCAUCAUGCAGCCAGAGAGUUUAGAAGAGGUGAUGAGAUGGAGAGGCAUCAUUUCACGCAGCCUAUGGUGUCUAUUUGUAGCGCGUUGGAUUCGAACGCGGACCGACGGAUGCAUUGGAGCCGACGCUUCUGAUGUACCUGCAGAUCCAGCAGCACUAGAGGUGGAUCUUUACUACCUUGUCUCCCUGGCUGCAGCUGCCUUUGGUCUAUUGUUAUCCAAAUUCCAGAUGACAUGCGGCUAUAUUCAUCAUAUAUUCCUAGGCUCCAAUUACGACAUCAUCCUAGAAGAGCAAAAAGUAAAGAAGGGAACAGCAGGUUCAACAAUACGACAACGGUUUGGAAGAAGAAUCUGGAGUCAAAUUUGCAAGCACAUUCCAACCAAGAUGUCCAAGGAAUUUAAAAAUCGUAAUUCUCUUCCUCAGCGCCGUCGGAUUUUCUUUUAUGGAGCUCUCCAAGAGCACAGACAUGUAGCACUAUACUGCUCCAGUGUAUGUGCAUAUAUGCAGUUGUCUAGGUUAUCUCAACGUCAAAUUUCCGAAGUACAAGUCAUUUCCCAUACUGGCAACGGGCCAAGUGGCACUUGCUCCGUUGAUGGCAACAGUGAAGAUUGGAUCGAUGAUGGAGAAACGUUCGACUCGGGCGUUCGGGACGAUCUUUACCUCGAGCCUGAGCAGAAUCUCCCACACAAUGGUGAAAAAGAAUGUUUAGAGAGCGCGGUUUUAAAAGAAGUGCAGACCCAAACGCAAAUCAUUCGCCAAAUCGAGCAUCAGCGACAAAACAAUUUUUCACAAUUCUUUGCUGGACGAUAUUUUAAUCUAGUAAGAGUAACACAACCAGACCAUCCUCGGGCAGAAAAGCAAUGCGACUUCGAUAUGACGAACAACAAGCUGUUGAGGGUCCGCCCUCUGUUGCAAUCCGAGAAGAACGACUGGGUGGAGCGUCCAUUCGACCUUGUUUUUGGCAUCACUGCAACCGAACACGACAUUUAUACCAAGCUGGAACCUGUUGUGACAGAGUUGAAUAAUCCUCAAGGUCGUAUUGUUUGUAUUGGAACAGAUGGCUUCAGUGGUAGCGGCAAGUCACAUACUACACAGAACCUGCUACAAAGUUUUGGAAAAGAGCUGUUUCAGAUGCCUUGUCCUGACAGAAAUUUGUUUUUUGAAGCCUUCCAAUCGCUGGGGACGAAUGUCGAUUCUCUAAAUCUCUCUACGGAGGUACUCCUUCGCUACGGCAUCGAGAAGACAGAUCAAAGUCCGGUCAGCAUGCAUGCACCGCCAAUCCCAUCGAAGCGUCCAUGCUAUCAGUUUGGCUCCCUAGCUGCUUUCGAGUUCCUAGUCGCGAAGACUCAUGAAUUUCGAACGAGUAGCUCUACUAAUAACAACGCGAGCUCCUCGCGGACCCACCUCGUCAUCCUCAUCUACGCCGUUAGGGCUACAAAGACAACCCGGCUAUGUCUCUUUGACCUCGCUAGAAAUGAGCGCAAUGACGCACUAGAUGGCCAUUUAGACGACGCAAAAGCGAGGCGUGACCAAACAAGUGCGAUUAACGAUAGUCGCAUGAAAAUCUAUGCUGCACUCAAGUACGCAAUUCGGCAUCAGAAACGAGUCACUCGGGAGACUGCUAUAGGGACCAUUCUGAUGAAUUUGCUGCUGAAAAAAAAGAGCUGUAUUGUGAUGCUUUUCCAUCUAAGUGUUUUCUCUUCCUUUAGUGGUGCCAUCAUGAAAACGUUGGAAGAUGCAUCUUCACUAAGAAUGGCGAACAUAUUGCACACCAAGGGGUUCUAUGAACAACAGAAGGCAGCUGAUAGAGUAAAUCGGGACAACGGGGAUGCUGAAUGUCGAGGUGUCUACUAA